AUGCCGUCCGAUAAAACAGAAAAGAAGCGCAAGCGCGCCUCUGAUCGUCAUGAACGUCCCACCAAAAAGCCCGCACUAGGCCUGCAGGCCCUUCCCCCGCUGAAAGCUAGCCUGGUCGAGGAUAAGAGCGAGCUAGCGCCAGUUAUUGCUACUACUCCCGGUGUUCAGAGUGCCAAAUCCCUCCGCUGGAACCCUUAUCUCAAAGCCCGUGACAAUGUCUCCAAGUCCUCCGCAUCUCUCCGCAACCCCGGCAUUGUUUCGUCAGAGAUCCUGCUUCAGUCCUCCCAGCAUGAGAAGAUGGAUUUUGUUGGCCGCGAAGGACACGAUGAAGAUGCCGACUCCCAGUUGAAGCACUACGUUGCGGUCGUGGACCCCGAGCGCAAGACCUGGCAGAUUGUGGAGGCCCGCCGAGUGACUCUGCGUGGCUCUGUACGCUCUCACAAGGCUUCUGAAGAGGACUCAGAGUCCGAAGACGAGCUCAACACAAUGCGCGCUCAACGUACUGCCCUUACCAACACAUUCGGUACCAAGCAAUCCCGCAAGGCCGUCCAGUCCAUGGCAGAGAACGCCCAACUUUCAAGUGCCCCAGCAGGCACCGUCACCGAGGCUGGUGCCGCACUCAUUUCCUCCUUGCCCGCUGACGCCACCACCGGCGCGGCAAAGGCAAUCGACGUGCAAGCCGCUGUGCAAGCAGCCAAGCCUUUGCCUACCCCGGACCUUACCGCUGCCCACCCAUCGGAUGUUUACACCAUCGAGACCCUGGUCCCCGGUGGCCACUCUACUCUGCGCUUGUUAACCGGUGUCGACGAGUGGAAGCAACAGGUGGAUGCCGGUCUUGCCGUUACUACAGUUUCACGAUACGUGUCGAAUCGAGUAUCUGCCGUUGGACAAUCCGAUAACUCAACACACCUGCAAGUCCUCCGGUUCAUCCAGCUGCUCCUCGAGUUCGCCCGCUCCCUUAAGGGCGCUGGCAACAAGGGUCCCGGUCCGAACAGCAAGCGUCUCCCUCCGCGCGACGAGCUGCGCAAAAUCCUCUCCAACACAUCCGGCGCCAAGCCCGGCAGCGAAGAAGAGGAAUCAACCACAGAGCUCCUGCCAGACUCUGUUAUCGACAAUGUUCGUCGCCGCUUCGCUUCCAACGGCGGUUUCAUGAGCAAGCACGACAUGACUCUCCUCCACACCACGAUCUGCGCCUUGACACUGCACAUUCCUCCCCAACCGGCUCAAGACGGUGGAUCCAGCUCUCUGGGUGGUAACUCGCCCAAUGAACUCGCUACCGAUCCCGCCGAUCUCCGUGAUGAUCUGCGCCUCGACUCGAACACCAUCCAGCAGUACUUCCGCGAACUGGGCUGCCGCAUUGACCGGCCUCGUGAGACUGAGUUCAAGAAGUGGAAUAUUAAGGGUGGUCGUGCGGAGGCUCAUGCGCGCCGUGUUGCUCGCCUGAAGAUUCCGCUCGAGUUCCCCAAGGUUAGCCGCGGUGGUGGCAGGAAAUAG